UAGAGAGAAUAAGAGACAGAAGUGUACUAGACUCUUGACAGUACGCUCUCUUAGACUAAAGGGAUCAUUGCAUUUUUAACUAACUCUCAGAAAUUAAACUGGGGAUCCUGGAUUAAUUUGCCUCACGCUUUCUGCCUCAUCUGAUCUGCAGAAGGAACUGCAAGAUGUUUAACAACACCAGCACUUUCCACCAUGAUUUAAAUUCACCUUCGACCAAUCAGAGUUUUAAGUUUUCGAUGAGUACUUCGGCACUUCUCGUGGUUACCGUUCUAUUAGCCCUCGUUACGGUGCUGGGGAACGCUUUAGUAGUCAUUGCUUUUGUCGUGGAUAAAAAUCUGAGGCAUCGGAGUAAUUAUUUCUUUCUUAGUCUGGCAAUUUCUGACUUCCUUGUGGGUGCCAUCUGCAUCCCUUUGUAUAUCCCGGAGACCCUGAUGAAAUCAUGGCUGCUUGGAAGAGGUGUCUGUAAAUUCUGGCUGGUUAUCGACUAUCUCAGUUGCACGGCUUCAGCAUUUAACAUCGUCCUCAUCAGCUAUGACCGCUAUCAGUCAGUCUAUAAUGCUGUGUCGUACCGGAAUCAGCAAGGAGCAGCUGCCCGAGCCGUGAUCCAGGUGGCCACAGUGUGGAUCUUAGCGUUUGUUGUGCACGGUCCUGCCAUUAUGUUCUGGGACCACGUCACAACGGUCGGCCCGAUUGUGAACGGGACCUGCAAGCCCGAAUUCUCCUCCAACUGGCAUUUUCUCAUGUGUGUUUCCAUUUUGGACUUUGCAGUCCCGACCCUAUCUGUGGCUUACUUCAACAUGCAGAUCUACCGGAGCAUCUGCAAGAGAAGCCGAAGGAUCCCAGCCGAAGACCCCGACCCUCUCCCUGCCUCUUCCCCCCCCUGCCUUGGGUUGCCAGUGAGGCUUGCUCACUUUCUGAGGUCAAUCCCGCUUGUUUUGGGCCAGCAGAGGCUGACUCUUCAUCUGGCCUCCAAGGGCCAAGAUGAGGGCCUGCACCAUUCCCCGGAAACCCAUUCCCGUUCUUUCGGAGCCCCUUCUCUGGCCACUGCCCGGUGUGACACCAGAUCCCAAUGUAAACUGCUCAGGGACAGGAAGAUGGCCCGGUCCCUGUCCAUUAUUUUGGUGGCUUUUGCCAUCUGCUGGGCUCCCUAUUCCCUGUUGACGAUUAUCCGUGCAGCCAGAAAGAAGCAUGAGUUGCGUGACUCAUGGUACGAGUUUGUGUUUUGGCUCCAGUGGGUCAAUUCUUCUCUUAAUCCUUUCCUGUACCCCCUUUGCCACAGGAAGUUUCGGAAAGCUUUUCUGAAAGUCCUGUCCUACAGACAGCAGGUCAACUCUGUCACUCCCAGUCCUGUAACCUCGUCCUAAAGAUAGAUUGACCUGAGGGAAAUUUAAUCUCACUUGGCAAACUCAAUUCACUUCAGAGUACUGGGUUGCUUCUCAACUCUCCAGCCCUGUCUACUGCAAGGAGACGUAAUGACUUUCUGAAUUAUAGCACUGAAUAAUUCUUUAGGAAAUGAAAUAUUGAUGCUUUUUAUUGAAAUAUAUAUUAUUUCUGCUAAUGCGUUGGAAAAGAAA